GUGGAGCGCUCAGCUGACUUUGGGAACACAUGGAAAGUGUACCGCUACUUCGCCUACAACUGCUCCAAGCUCUUCCCUGGAAUCCCCAGCCACGCCCUGGGGCUUGUGGAUGAGGUGCUGUGUGACCAGCGCUACUCUGAGAUCGAGCCGUCCAGCCAUGGGGAGGUCAUCUUCAAGGUGCUGGACCCCUCCAUCCCCGUAGCAGAUCCCUACAGCCCAGCCAUACAGGACCUGCUUCGUGUCACCAACCUGCGGGUGAACCUCACCAAGCUGCACACGCUGGGGGACAACCU